CCAUCCUCGACAUUACAUUGUUUUUAUUUAUUUAAUUAAUAUGUUAGUUACCUCUGCACUAAAUUAAAUGAAUAGUUUUAUUUGUAUAUUUUAGGCAAGAUGGAUUAUAUAUAAUGAUUAAAUAAAUUAAGGUGUGUAUUCUUCACUAAAUGUUUGAGAUCUAUCCGUCACACUCCAGAGGUUAAACUCAGUCAUCUGUCUUUGGGGAGGACAAGCAAGAACCUCACCGACGAUUCCAUACCAAACAAAUUCCCGAUCUGGAAACAACUGACCUGUGAAGGUGAAGUGUAUCGCUGGAAAUGGCGGUGGCCUUCCGUGGAGGCCGGGGAGGCGUCGGAUCCGGCCAAUCUACCGGACUUCGUAGUUUCUUCUCCUACCGGAUCUUUAUCUCCGCUUUGUUCUCUUUUCUCUUCCUCGCCACUUUCUCCGUCGUUCUUAACUCCUCUCGUCAUCAGCCUCAUCAGGAUCAUACAUUGCCGAGUAUGGGCAACGCAUAUAUGCAGAGGACGUUUUUGGCUUUGCAAUCGGAUCCAUUGAAAACUAGGUUGGAUCUGAUACACAAGCAAGCCAUUGAUCAUUUGACACUGGUGAAUGCGUAUGCUGCUUACGCUAGGAAGCUAAAGCUUGAUGCUUCUAAGCAGCUUAAGCUCUUCGAAGAUUUGGCUAUCAACUUCUCGGAUUUGCAGUCGAAACCUGGUUUGAAAUCUGCUGUGUCUGAUAAUGGUAAUGCUCUUGAGGAGGAUUCGUUUAGGCAGCUUGAGAAAGAAGUGAAGGAUAAGGUGAAGACAGCGAGGAUGAUGAUCGUUGAGUCUAAAGAGAGUUAUGAUACACAGCUUAAAAUCCAGAAGUUGAAAGAUACAAUCUUUGCUGUCCAAGAACAGUUGACAAAGGCUAAGAAAAACGGUGCGGUUGCUAGCUUGAUUUCAGCCAAGUCGGUUCCUAAAAGUCUUCAUUGUUUGGCCAUGAGGCUUGUAGGAGAGAGGAUCUCUAAUCCUGAGAAGUACAAGGAUGCUCCACCUGACCCAGCCGCAGAGGAUCCAACUCUUUACCACUAUGCGAUUUUCUCUGAUAAUGUCAUUGCUGUGUCUGUUGUGGUGAGAUCGGUUGUGAUGAACGCUGAGGAGCCAUGGAAGCAUGUCUUCCAUGUGGUGACAGAUCGGAUGAAUCUCGCAGCCAUGAAGGUGUGGUUUAAGAUGCGUCCUUUGGACCGUGGUGCCCAUGUUGAGAUUAAAUCCGUGGAGGAUUUCAAGUUCUUAAACUCUUCCUAUGCGCCGGUCUUGAGGCAGCUUGAGUCUGCCAAGUUGCAGAAGUUUUACUUUGAGAAUCAAGCUGAGAACGCAACUAAAGAUUCACAUAACCUCAAGUUCAAGAACCCCAAGUAUCUCUCGAUGUUGAACCAUCUCAGAUUUUACUUACCAGAGAUGUAUCCGAAGCUGAAUAAGAUUUUGUUCUUGGACGAUGAUGUUGUGGUGCAGAAAGACGUGACUGGUUUAUGGAAAAUCAACUUGGAUGGCAAGGUGAAUGGAGCCGUUGAGACAUGUUUUGGUUCUUUUCAUCGAUAUGGUCAAUACUUAAACUUCUCUCAUCCUUUGAUCAAAGAGAACUUUAACCCCAGUGCCUGUGCUUGGGCCUUUGGAAUGAACAUAUUCGAUCUCAAUGCCUGGAGACGCGAGAAGUGCACCGAUCAAUACCAUUACUGGCAGAACCUGAAUGAAGACAGAACUCUCUGGAAAUUGGGAACUCUACCUCCGGGAUUGAUCACAUUCUAUUCAAAGACGAAAUCAUUGGACAAAUCAUGGCAUGUACUUGGGUUAGGCUAUAACCCGGGAGUGAGCAUGGACGAAAUCAGAAAUGCAGGAGUGAUUCAUUACAAUGGAAACAUGAAACCGUGGCUAGACAUUGCGAUGAACCAAUACAAGUCUCUCUGGACUAAAUAUGUUGAUAACGAAAUGGAGUUUGUGCAGAUGUGCAAUUUUGGUCUCUAAAGAGAGAACGAUGAAAACAAACAAACCGGAAAGAGGAAAAAAUAGGGAGAAGAGGUAACCUCGGAUCGAUGUGUUUCUGUCUUUCUCGGCAUUCUUUAACUGAUGAUACGUUUAUCUUUAUAUAGGGUUACAAAAAAAAAGAAGCAUUUUGCUUGUUAUUUCUGUCAUAGUUUUGGUCUUUAUUUUUAUUUUGUAAACUCUUCACAGCAAUAUGUUCUCCCAAGCUACAAUGUCUUGUUGUCUUUAUUUCAUACUUGUCUGCCUUAAGAAUCAUAUAGAAGAAACUCUAAAGGUUUUUUUUUUUUUUUUUUUUUUGAAACUCUAAAGGUUUGUUCUUCCCUUUCUAGAAUGCUGCAUAAUACAGGUAGGAACGUAUAAAGUGUAAUUGCAAAAGGAUUUGGUUUGGUGAUGAAUUAGGAUUCCGUUGAAGUGAGAAUUCACUAUUUGGGUUUACCCCGGCUUAAAUCAAAUGUGAUGUGUAAAACGAG